UGCCUGAAUCAUUUCAUCCAUCGUACCCAGAAUGCAAAGUGAGACACCGAAACCUCAGCAGCUUCAAGCUUUCCAGGUUGGGUUAUCAUGGCGAUAAGAGACACAUCUUCCACUUGAGUCCCUGCAGCAGCAACAAAGGAUUUCUUCCUCUUCUACAUGAAAACACACCCCGAGUUCCAUGCAGAGCGGAGACCUGCCGGAGUUUUAGCCCAGAUUGGAGAAAGGACAUAGCGUGUGUAACCGUCAUGGCAGCGUCGGAGCUGUACACAAAGUGUGCUCGGGUGUGGAUACCCGAUGCAGAGGAGGUGUGGAAGUCUGCUGAGCUGACCAAGGACUUCAAAAAUGGCGACGCCUCCCUGCAGCUCAUGCUGGAGGAUGGAACGAGCAUUGAGCACAAGCUGGACCCCAAGACGAAGAACCUGCCUUACCUGCGAAACCCCGACAUCUUGGUGGGCGAGAAUGACCUCACAGCACUCAGCUACCUCCACGAGCCAGCCGUGCUGCACAACCUCAAAGUCCGCUUCAUCGACUCCAAGCUCAUCUACACUUACUGCGGAAUUGUUCUGGUGGCCAUCAACCCGUAUGAGACUCUGGGAAUCUACGGGACAGACAUUAUUAAUGCCUACAGCGGUCAGAACAUGGGAGACAUGGACCCACAUAUCUUUGCUGUGGCAGAGGAGGCUUACAAACAGAUGGCAAGGGAUGAGAGGAACCAGUCGAUCAUUGUAAGUGGAGAGUCCGGAGCAGGAAAGACGGUAUCAGCCAAAUACGCCAUGAGAUACUUUGCUACGGUCAGCGGCUCCACCAGCGAGGCCAACGUAGAGCAGAAAGUCUUGGCUUCCAACCCUAUCAUGGAGGCCAUUGGAAAUGCAAAGACCACCCGAAAUGACAACAGCAGUCGCUUUGGGAAAUACAUCGAGAUCGGCUUUGACACCCGCUACCGUAUCAUCGGUGCCAACAUGAGAACAUAUCUGCUGGAGAAAUCACGAGUGGUGUUUCAGGCGGAUGAGGAAAGGAAUUAUCAUAUUUUCUAUCAGCUCUGUGCAUCAUCCCAUCUGCCUGAGUUCAAGACUCUGAAGCUGAGCAGUGCAAACGACUUUUUGUACACCCGGCAGGGCCGUAGCCCCGUCAUCCAGGGUGUGGACGACACCAAGGAGCUGUCCACAACUCGCAAUGCCUUCACAUUGCUCGGUAUUAAUGAGUCCUAUCAGAUGGGAUUGUUCCAGGUUUUGGCUGCUAUUCUUCAUCUGGGAAACGUGGAGAUAAAGGACAGAGACUCAGACAGCAGCCUCAUUCCUCCCAACAAUCGCCACCUGACGGCAUUCUGCGAGUUGGUAGGCGUGACCUAUCAGGACAUGUCUCAGUGGCUGUGCCACAGGAAGCUGAAGACAGCCACAGAGACCUAUGUCAAGACCCUCCCCCGCCUGCAGGCCACCAACGCCCGUGAUGCGCUUGCCAAACAUAUCUACGCCAAGCUUUUUAACUGGAUUGUGGAGCAUGUUAACAAAGCCCUUAUCACCAAUAUCAAACAGCACUCCUUCAUCGGGGUCCUCGACAUCUACGGGUUUGAGACAUUUGAGAUCAACAGCUUUGAGCAGUUCUGUAUCAACUACGCUAAUGAGAAACUCCAGCAGCAGUUCAACAUGCAUGUGUUCAAGCUGGAGCAGGAGGAGUACAUGAAGGAGCAGAUCCCCUGGACUCUGAUUGACUUCUACGACAAUCAGCCCUGCAUCAACCUCAUAGAAGCCAAGAUGGGCAUCCUGGACCUGUUAGACGAGGAGUGCAAGAUGCCCAAAGGCUCGGAUGAUUCGUGGGCUCAGAAACUCUACAACACCCACCUAAAGACCUGCUCCCUCUUUGAGAAGCCACGCAUGUCCAACCGCGCCUUCAUCAUUCAACAUUUCGCCGACAAGCAGGUGGAAUACCAGUGUGAAGGUUUCCUGGAAAAGAACAAGGACACAGUGAACGAAGACCAGAUAAAUGUGCUGAAGGCCAGCAAGAAGUUUGACCUGCUGGUGGAGCUGUUCCAGGACGAGGAGAAAGCCACCAGUCCUACUGGUCAGGUCCCUGGCACCGGAGGCCGGACCCGCCUCAGCAUCAAACCUGACAAGGGCCGGGACAAGAGCAGCAAGGAGCACAAGAAGACUGUCGGCUGCCAGUUUCGUAACUCUCUGCAAAUGCUGAUGGAUACUUUGAAUGCAACCACUCCCCACUAUGUCCGCUGCAUCAAACCCAAUGACUUCAAGUUGGCCUUCUCGUUUGAUCCUAAACGUGCAGUGCAACAGCUCAGAGCCUGUGGUGUUCUGGAAACCAUUCGCAUCUCCGCUGCCGGUUUCCCAUCCAGAUGGACGUAUCAGGAGUUCUUCAGCCGUUACAGAGUGCUAAUGAAGCAGAAGGAUGUGUUAUCUGACAAGAAGUUGACCUGCAGAAACGUUUUGGAGAAACUGGUGGAGGACCAGGAUAAAUACCAGUUUGGUAAGACCAAGAUCUUUUUCAGGGCCGGCCAGGUUGCCUACCUGGAGAAGUUGAGGGCGGACAAGUUGCGUGUUGCCUGCAUUCGCAUCCAAAAAACCAUCCGUUGCUGGCUGGCGCGCAAGAAGUAUCUGCGCAAGCGCAGCGCUGCCAUCACCAUCCAGAGGUUCACCAGAGGAUACCAGGCUCGCUGCCUGGCCAAGUUCAUGCGUCGGACGCAGGCGGCCACCAUCAUCCAGAAGUACCAGAGGAUGUACGUGGAGAGGAAACGCUACAGGCAGAAGCAGGCUGCUGCUCUGGUCAUGCAGACCAUCCUCAGAGCCUAUAUGGCCCGGCAGAAGUACCAGGGGUUGGUGCGGGAGCACAAUGCAGUGAUCAUUCAGAAGCGCGUUCGCGGCUGGUUGGCUCGGUGCUGGUACAAGCGCUGCCUUGUCUCCCUCGUGUACCUGCAGUGCUGCUUCCGCAGGAUGAAGGCCAGACGCGAGUUGAAGAAAUUGAAGAUCGAGGCUCGCUCAGUGGAGCACUUCAAGAAGCUCAACAAAGGCAUGGAGAACAAGAUCAUGCAGCUGCAGAGGAGAAUCGACGAGCAGAGCAAGGACAACCGGUCAAUCAACGAGAAGCUAGUCAGUCUGGAGACUUCCUCCACAGCAGAGAGGGAGCGGAUGCGUGGCGAGCUGAGCCGGCUGCGCGGGGUGGAGGAGGACGCCAAGAACAAAGGCAACCAGGUGACCUCGCUGCUGGAGCAGCUGGAGAAGCUAAGGAAGGAGCUGAGUUCCACACAGAAGGAGAAGAAAACCAUCGAGGACUGGGCACAAACCUACAGGGACGAAAUGGAGAAAAUGGUCUCGGAGCUGAAGGAUCAGAAUUGCUCCCUGAAGAAAGAGAAGGACGACUUGAACAGGUUGAUUCAGGAACAGAGUCAGCAGAUGACAGAGAAAAUGGCCCGUGCUAUUGUAGAGAAGACUCAGCAGCUGGAGACGGAUCUGAACGAGGAGCGAUCUCGCUACCAGAAUCUCCUGACCGAACACCUCCGCCUCGAGGAGAAAUACGACGACCUAAAGGAGACGAUGGUUUCCUCGAACGUGUCCAAGCCUGGCCACAGGAGAACAGAUUCUACACACAGCAGCAACGAAUCAGAGUACACCUACAACUCGGAGUACGCCGAAUUGGAAGAAGGUUCCCGUGCUGCCGAAGAUGUGACACGAGGAAUGGACACCUCGCUGACCCUGAAGCUGCAGAAACGUCUCACAGAACUGGAGCAAGAAAAGCAGUCGCUGCGCAACGAACUGGAAAACCGAGAGGACCAAUUCCAGCGGGCUAGAGCCAGGGAUGACGUUGAGUUUAAAAAGGCUCGCGGGGCAGAGUUGGAGUACGAGUCUCUUAAGCGUCAGGAGCUGGAGUCGGAGAACAAGAAACUGAAACAUGACCUGGUGGAGAUUAGGCGAAGCCUGCUGGGUAAUGCAGCUACAGGCGCCGGGGCCCCGGGCUCACCAGCUUACAAGGUGGUCUUGGAGCAGCUCAACGCCUCCUGUGAGGAGCUGGAGGUCCGGAAGGAGGAGGUGCUGAUCCUGCGCUCCCAGCUGGUCAGCCAGAAGGAAGCCAUGCACCACAAGGAUGAGAAGGAGACCAUGACCGAGCCUUCCGCCUAUGUUGAGGAUGUGUCCAAACUGAAGGACGCUGGUGAACUCAAGCAAGCUUACAUAGGCCUCAAAGACACCAACAGAUCUCCUAGGUUCAUACGUAAACCACUGGAAGUCAGUGAUCUCCUGAGUAGGCUGAGAUCUGCCGCUCCAGACUUCCAUAAGCUGAAUGAGGACGGAGAGCUGUGGCUGGUUAAUCAGGGCUUAAAGGAAACCAUCAGGUUACUGGAGCACCAGCUGCAGACUCAGCGGAGAGGUUACGAUAGCGAGGUGGAGUCGUUGCGCGGCGAGCUGCAGAAUGUCAAGGAGGAGAACAACCGUCAGCAGCAGCUCUUGGCCCAAAACCUCCAGCUGCCCCCAGAGGCCCGAAUCGAAGCCAGUUUGCAACACGAGAUCACCCGGCUCACCAACGAGAACUUGGAACUCCUGGCUGAAGAUCCCACAGCAUCCCGAGAGGCUCGAGUCACCAUUUUACGACGGAUGGUUGAUCUAAUGGAGCAGCUGGAGAAGCAGGACCGAACUAUCCGCAAGCUCAAGAAGCAGCUGAAGGUUUACUCCAAGAGGAUUGGAGAAAUGGGAGCCCAAACCGAGGGACAGACGUCUCCAGGACAGAUGGUGGACGAGCCGAUUCACCCUGUCAACAUUCCACGCAGGGAGAAAGAUUUCCAAGGAAUGCUAGAGUACAAGAAGGAGGAUGAGCUCAAACUGGUCAAGAACCUCAUCCUCGAGCUGAAGCCUCGAGGUGUAGCUGUGAAUCUGAUUCCAGGUCUGCCGGCCUACAUCCUGUUCAUGUGUCUAAGACAUGCAGACUAUGUCAACGAUGACCAGAAGGUCCGCACCCUGCUCACCUCAACCAUCAACAGUAUUAAGAAGAUCCUCAAGAAACGAGGAGACGACUUUGAGACGGUCUCCUUCUGGCUGUCUAACACCUGCCGCUUCUUACACUGUCUGAAACAAUACAGCGGUGAUGAGGCCUUCAUUAAGCACAACACACAGAGGCAGAAUGAACACAUUCUGUCCAACUUCGACCUGGCAGAGUACAGACAGGUGAUCAGUGACCUGGCCAUCCAGAUCUACCAGCAGCUAAUCAAGUGCAUGGAGAACAUCCUCCAGCCCAUGAUAGUCUCUGGCAUGCUGGAACACGAGACCAUCCAGGGCGUGUCGGGGGUGAAGCCCACAGGUCUGCGUAAGAGGACAUCUAGUAUCGUUGACGAGGGCACCUACACCCUGGACUCCAUCCUGCGCCAGCUCAGCGCCUUCCACUCCACCAUGUGCCAGCACGGCACCGACCCCGAGCUCAUCAAGCAGGUUGUGAAGCAGCAGUUCUACAUCAUCGGAGCCGUCACUCUCAACAACCUGUUGUUACGCAAGGACAUGUGUUCCUGGAGCAAAGGCAUGCAGAUCAGGUACAAUGUGAGCCAGCUGGAGGAGUGGCUCAGAGACAAAGGUCUGAUGACAUGCGGAGCCAAGGAGACUCUAGAGCCUCUGAUCCAGGCCGCUCAGCUGCUGCAAGUGAAGAAAAAGACUGACGAGGACGCCGAGGCCAUCUGCUCCAUGUGCCUGGCCCUCACCACUGCUCAGAUCGUGAAGGUCCUGAACCUCUACACUCCAGUCAACGAGUUUGAGGAGAGAGUAUCUGUUGCAUUCAUACGAACCAUACAGACCCGCUUACGAGACCGUUGUGAGAGUCCCCAGUUGUUGAUGGACACCAAGAUGAUUUACCCGGUCACUUUCCCAUUCAACCCUUCCUCCCUCGCCCUGGAAACCAUCCAGAUCCCCAGCUCACUCAACCUGUCGUUCCUCACCCGUGUCUAAACCAAGGCCCCAGAAGACGGCUCUAAACCCUGCGGCCAUUUUGAUGUAGUGGCUACAGCUGGAAUUGCAAGUCACGUGGCCCUCACUGGCUCAAAAGACUUUCCACGACACAAUCGUCACAAGAGAAAUAAAGAAUAUAUACAGUAUAUAUUGCAGGUUCAAACCUAUUGCUUCUAGAAUGACUACUCCACCAAUGUUAAACAGAGAAAACAGCUAGGCACUAGUUAGGCAGACUUUUAUGGUCCAAGAGGCUUUUUUGUAAAGCACAUAGAGCUGGAUAUUCUUGCUAAAUUACAAGUCAUUUGGACUUAAAGGUCCCAUGGCAUGAACAUUUCACUUUAGGAGGUUUUUUAACAUUAAUAUGCGUUCCCCCAGCCUGCCUAUGGCCCCCCAGUGAAUAGAAAUGGGUAUCCUGCUCUGCCUUUGAGAAAAUGAAAGCUCAGAUGGGCUGAUCUGGAAUCUUGCUCCUUAUGAGGUCAUAAGGGGCAAGGUUACCUCCCCUUUCUCUGAUUUGCCCGCCCAGAGAAUGUGGCCUGCCCAUGAGAGAGAGACAUCAUGGCUUUCAAACAAGCAAAGUGGCAGUUGGUCAAGGCCAAACCCCCAGCCUCAACCUUGUCCCCCCCCCCCCAGCAGCUUCAAAUGAUAAAUCAUUAUCCCCCUUCAGCGUUUGAAUCCUUAAAAUUCAGAGUGUCACAAACACUUACAAAUUAGGGUUUGUAUUAACACAAUUUGAAAAACUAUAAUAAAUUAAUUAACUGAAAAUUCAAGAUUUAAAACUCAGAUUCUAAUUCAGAACUAUCCCUAGUUUGAACCUUUAAAUUGACACAUAAUAUUAAACACACAAACCCAACCACAUGCUGAACUUUCAACCUGCAUCUGUCCAAUACAUCCUCUGAACAUACACAUGCACGCCUACACUCACUCGCACCUUCUCUCUUACAAAAGGCACAGAUUUAAACCUGGCUGAAAAACGGCAUCAUCGAUCCACUGCUUGUAAAAACGCCUGCCUUUUAGAGAAGCCACAGGAGCAGAUCAACGCCUCCAGUACUCGCUCUCCAUCAACACCUGGCUCUGUACUACUGGUCUUGACCCUGUUUAGCCCAACUCCCUUCUCUGUGUUUUAACUAGCUGAUAAGAUAGUUAUUGUUGUCAUCAUCUUGUUGUCCGGUGAGAAUGUACAUAUCAAUAUACAGGAACGAGCCAAGAAGGAGGUGUGGAGUCCUCACAAAGAGGAAUAACUUGAUACGCUGUAGUGGAACUUGGUAUGCGAGGUCUCUAUUUAAUAGGCAAAGUGAAUUCUGAGUCCCAGUCAGAUGCCAGCUGAGUGAUAUCGUGCUAAAAUUAGCUCUCUCCAACCCCAUGUUGAGGUAAUCUGGACCAGGCUUCAUUCUGUAUGUUGACAUUUUACUCUCUGAACACAGUCAAGCCAAGACAGAACUCAUCGUCUGUACUAUAUUAUUUAUACAUAUAUAAAUAUGAAUAAUAUAUAUCUUGUAUUUUAUUUAUUGCAUU